GACGUCGUCGUCAGCCUCGACGAGCUCGUCGUGCACGGCGUCGUCGGCAAAGGGAGCGGCGGCGUCGUGCAGCGCGCGACGCACGCGAGGACGGGCGCGGAGCUCGCGGUCAAGGUGGUGCAGAUGAACGUGCAGGCGGAGGUUCGCAAGAACUUGAUCGCGGAGCUUCGAACGUUGCAUCAGUCGGCGCAUCCGCACGUCGUGCCGUACCACGGGGCGUUCUUCUCCGACGGCAGCGUUUCGAUAUUGUUGGAUUACAUGAACGUGGGGUCUCUGAGCGACGUCGCGAAGGUCUUGGGGAAGAUCCCGGAGAGGGAGCUCGCGUCCGUAUCGCGGUGCGUGCUUCGCGGGCUGGCCUACCUUCACGGCGACAUGCGCGUCAUCCACCGCGACGUGAAGCCGUCUAACGUGCUCGUGAACGACGCCGGGGAGGUGAAGAUCAGCGAUUUCGGCGUCUCCGGGCAGCUCGCCAACUCGGUCACGAAGUGUAACUCGUGGGUCGGGACCGUGACGUACAUGUCCCCGGAGCGAAUAAGCGGAGGGACGUACGGGUUCGAUUCCGACGUGUGGUCGUUCGCGUUGUCCAUCGUGGAGUGCGCGCUCGGGCGGUUUCCCUACCCGCCGCCGGCGGACGAAGAGGCGCCUUCGGGCGCGAGCGGCGGGGAAGGGGACGGCGCGGACGCGGCUCAUAAGCCGCGGCAGCCGAUGGGGUUCUGGGAUCUGCUUGAUCACAUCGUCGAGGAGCCGCCGCCGACGCUGCCGCGCGGGGGAGGGCACGAUUUUUCCGACGCGUUCCGCGACGCCAUCGCGUCGUGUCUGAAGAAGUCGCCGAAAGAGCGCGUCUCCGCGUCGGAGCUGCUGAAGCACGAGUGGUUCGAGGCGCACCCGGAGGAGGGGUGCGACCUCGCCGCGUUUUUCGCGGACGUGGGGGAGAGGCGAGCGAAGGAAAAAGAAGAGAAGGCGUGCAAAACCCAAAAACGUCGAUGA